UCAGUAAUCGAGUUUUCCAAAAUAAGAAUGACCAUUGGUUUGGAAUACAAUUCAGGGUGCAUGAGAUUAUAGGAAUAGAAUGGGUGUUUGUUGACUAAGUUGAUGCUAGACGCUAUUGCUAUUAAACUUUAAGCUGAAUAACUUAUUAAUCAUUUAUUUUAUUCGGAAUUUAUCAUGGGUGAUGAAUCGUUACCUUCUGGGUGGGAAAAAAGGAUGAGCCGAUCUACUGGCCAGCACUACUACUUGAAUGUCUACACCAAGGAGUCUCAAUGGGACAAGCCAGAGAAGCCAGCAGAGCCAGUUUCCAGUGGAGGUCCAGAGCAAGUUCAGUGCAGCCAUUUAUUGGUCAAGCACCAGAACUCUAGGCGUCCGUCUUCCUGGCGUGAGGACAACAUCACUCGCUCUUCAGAGGAGGCUCUACAACUUGUCAAAUCAUAUAGAGAACAGAUUGUAAGUGGAAGAGCUUCGUUUGCUGAGCUUGCUCAGAAAUACUCGGACUGCAGCUCGGCCAAGCGAGGUGGAGACUUGGGUCCAUUCGGUCACGGAGCAAUGCAAAAACCCUUUGAACAGGCUGCAUUCGCUCUCAAGAUCGGAGAACUUAGCGAACCAGUCCAUACAGAUUCUGGGGUUCAUAUAAUUCUCCGAACAGCUUAAACUAUGCUAGUAAUAAUUAUCUUUUGGACAUUCAUAAGGAAAUACAAAAUAUUUCUAUUUUAAAAUAAUUGGAAUUAGAUUAUUUCGUAAACUAUUGGUUUUGCAUGGUGGAUUUUGUUAUUUAUUUAGUUACAUUAGAAUAAGCUGAGUUUUGCAUGAUGGAUUUUAUUUAUUUAAUUACAUUAGAACAAGCUGAGUUUAGCUGUAUUCUCACGAAAAAAGUUAUAGCUAUGUUUUAGGUUGUAUAUUUUCUUAUUGCAUGUAUAUGUUUCUUUGCAUUUAAUUUUUAUCUAUUUUGAUUUUGUGGAAUUGUGUAAAUUUCAACAUAAAAACACGUUUUUGGUUUUUCAUUGAUAAUAUUUAUUUUAAACACCUUAAAUUUACUCUUUUCUUAUGUAUUACAUUACAUGGGAAAUGAAAUAACAUAGAUUAAACUAUUGUUCAUCUAACACUUAGUCCCUAUAAUAGUAGACUUAUGAUGUAAUGCAUUAAAUAAUAAUAAUAAAUAAAUAAUAUCACUGUAAUAAAAGAAUAAUUGUUAACCAAGUUCUAAAAUUAAACUCCUGCAAAAAUUUAAAUUUAUUACAAUUUUCAUUUUAUAUUAUAUUGUUUUGGUCUUAUCUUGUUUUUAUUUUAAAAUAUAGUAUUUGUGUAAAUAGCUUUAAGAACACCAAUAAUUCUUAUAGUUGGUAACAACUUGCCUUAGAGCCGUUUUCCCAAUUUUAGUAAGCUUUUCUCAAUCCAUUUCUUCCAUUUGCACUUCAAUCUCGUAAAUUUAUUGUAAGAAUGUCAUAAUUAAUUAAUAAAUGUGUAUAAUUAGCAUAAUUUAAAAUGUACAUUUCAAUGUUUGUGGUGUCUUAUUGAUAUAUGUGUGUGGUACAUAAUAAUGAUAAUGUACAAAUUUAUGGAAGUCAGUCAGUUUAACCUAGUAAAUUUAACUGUUUUAGGUUUAUAAAAGUUUAGUUUCAAACAUUUUAUAUAAAAGGAUUUCAUAACAGUAUUUUUUCAUUAACAUUAAAUUAUAUCAAAUGUUAAUGAAAUUUGAGAUGAAUACAACAAUAAUGAUUAAUACCACAAUCUUACAAAAGUA